AUGCUGACUCAAGAACUCAGAAUUGGAAUCACGAAAGCUGCUGCCAAGCAGCCUACCUUGGUGGAAGGUGGUCGCUAUUCGGGCUUCCGACAUUUCAAUCCACUAAAAGUCGUUGCGACAACGUCACUCAGAUACCUACUCACGUGCAAUAAGACGAGUGCAAUGGGUCUCUACUCAAGCAAUUCUUUGCGAAACAGCGACAUUCCGUUGGACAGGCGGAGAUCUCAAGCCCUUCUCCUACUAAAGAGGAUUGAAAUCCAGCGAAAUUUGACUCUCGCCGCUGUUUCAUCGACUGCGGGUGAUAGGGAUACCAACUCCGUAGGGGCUCACUCGAGCAGUCUCGCAUUGGCUGAAGGUGAGGCUAGCCAUGUGGUGAUUGGCUCCGCUGUCUGCCAUUUCAAGCCUGAGUGCGUCGAGAAAAAAUGCAUUACUCGCCUGGGUGGUCUCUAA